AUGACUGACAGCCCAGUAUCUUUCCCCUUAGUGGGGUUGAACCCUGAAGGCCUUCCUGGACACUCCUCUCGGCCCCUGUUAGACGUGGCCCACACUGGUUACUGUGUCCCCAGCCCCUGCCACAAUGGUGGGACGUGCUUGGAGGAGGAGGAGGGGGUCCGCUGCCUAUGUUUGCCUGGCUAUGGGGGGGACCUGUGCGAUGUUGGUGAGUGUGCUGAGGGGCUGCGGUGGUGGGAGGAGCCCAGUCCCUGUCUGGGGACCCAGCCUCUCAGAGUUUCUGGGUCCUCCCGCCUAAGGUGCCUGCCCUUCUGUGUCCUAGGCCUCCGCUUCUGCAGCCCCGGCUGGGACGCCUUCCAGGGCGCCUGCUACAAGCACUUUUCUACACGAAGGAGCUGGGAGGAGGCGGAGAACAAGUGCCGGAUGUACGGCGCGCACCUGGCCAGCAUCAGCACGCCGGAGGAACAGGACUUCAUCAACAAUCGAUACCGGGAGUACCAGUGGAUCGGGCUCAAUGACAGGACCAUCGAAGGCGAUUUCCUGUGGUCAGAUGGCGUCUCCCUGCUCUAUGAGAACUGGAACCCUGGGCAGCCAGACAGCUACUUCCUGUCCGGAGAGAACUGCGUGGUUAUGGUGUGGCACGAUCAGGGACAAUGGAGUGAUGUGCCCUGCAACUACCACCUGUCCUACACCUGCAAGAUGGGGCUGGUGUCCUGUGGCCCCCCACCAGAGCUGCCCCUGGCUCGAGUAUUUGGCCGUCCACGGCUGCGCUAUGAAGUAGACACAGUGCUUCGUUACCGGUGCCGGGAGGGGCUGGCCCAGCGCAACCUACCACUGAUCCGCUGCCAGGAGAAUGGUCGCUGGGAGCCCCCCCAGAUCUCCUGUGUGCCCCGCAGGCCUGUGAGUGCCAGGAGGAGGCAGGUGGGGGACACUAGCCAACACAACCCUGGGCUCCAGUCCUAG